GUAAGUACAUAAUUAAUAUAAUAAAUAAUUUUGAAUAAAUUUAAAAUCUUUGAGUAUGUAAAUCAUCUGUACUCACUACUAAUUUUGAUAAAUAAUUAAAGAGUUUGAAUUUGAGAUUAUGUCAUUGUACUUCACACUUAUAACAUGUUAACAUCAUAAUCCUCAAAAUAGUUUUUGAAACAUAUCCAUUAAUUGAUUUCAGUUCAAACUGCUUUUGAAAUGCCAGAAGCUACAGUUUUGGUUCAGAAUUAUAAGAGGUUAAAAAGCUGCAAUAAAACAAAAGAUAUUACCCGGCAUUUGACAGAAAGGGAAAAACGCUUGCUAAAAAAAUUACAAAAUACAAAGGUUACAGUAAAAAAAUUGGCAUCUUCAUCUUUGAAUCUUGAUAAAAUUGAUUCGGAUGUACUAAAGUCAAUUGUAAUGAAUGCAUUAGCAAAUCAAAAGAAGAGACCACAUGGCAAGCGUUGGGGCUUAAAAAAUAAAAUAACAUCAUUAGCAAUCUAUAAGAGAUCUCCAAAAGCAUAUAGGUAUAUGCAAAAAGUUCUCCCUCUACCAAGUGAAAGAACUUUGCAGAGAAUGUUGAAAGAACUUCAUAUACAACCAGGGAUAUAUGAUAAUAUUUUAAAUAACCUUACACAUAAAACUACACAAUUAGAAGAUCAAGAUAAAUAUUGUGCAAUUUUGUUUGACGAAAUUGCGCUAAAAAAGCGUUUAAUUUAUAAUGAAUUUGAAGAUAAGGUGGAAGGUUUUGUUGACCAUGGCCCUGGAGAGGACAUGGAAAGAACCAAUCAGUUGGCAGACCAUGCCCUUGUAUUCAUGAUCCAGGGCCUAAGGUUCAAAUUCAAACAGCCAAUUGGCCAUUAUUUUGUGGAAGGGACAAUAUCCUCCCAAAAGUUAGCCAGCAUUAUAAAAACAGUUAUAAAAAAAAAUUACCGAGACAGGUUUCAAAGUAGUGACAGUUGUAUGCGACCAAGGCCCUACAAAUGUAGGAGCCAUAAAUUUAUUAAAGCAUUUAUGCAAUCUGGAUCGGGAAAAAAAUUAUUUCAUAACGGAGGGAGAAAAAAUUUACAUAAUAUAUGAUAUACCUCAUUUAUUCAAAUCCCUCCGUAACAAUUUUUAUAAUGCUGGUUUAAUUAAAUUUAAUGAAAAAUUAGGCCAAUGGAGUCAUUUAAAAAAAGCUGAGGAGAGAAAUAGAAGUUUUUUAAAUUUUAAUAAAUUGACUCCAUUGGUCGUAAACCCAAAUUUCAAAAUAAAAAUGAAAGUAAAGUAUGCAGCACAUGCUUUAAGCAAUACAAUGGCAGCAGUACUUAAAAUGAUGGCAUGGAGGGAUGACAAUGCAGAAGCCAUUGGUGAAACUGCAUAUGUUAUAGAACAAUUAGAUAAAUUAUUUGAUUGUACCAAUGGCCCUGCUUCAUCCAAAGAUAUUAAAAAGGGUAUUCGGGAGAAUGUUUCCGAAAAAACAAAUCAUGUUGCGUCCUGGAAUUAUUAUUUAAAAAUAAUGCAAACCCUAAAGUUCAUAAAUGCAACAACAUUCAAAGAGUCUAAGAAUGUUCGUUGCAUCAAAGGAUUUCAAAUAUCUUUAAACUCUUUAAAAGAUAUUUGGAGUCUUUUGAAUAAAGCUGGGUUUAAAUAUUUAAAUUUAAGGCAAUUAAACCAGGACUCACUGGAAAAUUUGUUUGGCAACAUUCGACAACACAGUGUAACAAAUAAAAAUCCAACAUGCUCACACUUUACCGCGGCGUUAAAAUCCUGUAUAAUAAGUGGUUUAACAGGUCCACAUAGCCGCGGUUCUAAUUGUGAAGCAGAUUCAAAUGAACUUUUUAUGACUUUUGUGGAAUUAAAUCGAUUAAGUAGAAAAGAAGACAGCAAAUCAGCUAAGCCAGCAAAUCUAUUGGAAGAAAUUGAAAUUGGAUACUAUUCUAGUGACAUUUCUUACCCUGUGUUGUCACUUCCCGAAGAUCCUACAAUAGAGGAAUACGAAUUGGAUUUGUACUCAUUUGAAGACCAACCAGUUGUCUAUGUCAGUGGUUAUUUAGCUGCAAAAUUAUUAAAUAAAAGUACUUGUAUUAACUGCAAACAGUUUUUGUCCAUAGAUGAUCCUAAGGAUGACAACUUAUAUAAUUAUGUAUCCUUUAGAGAGUGGUGGCAGAAUAAAAGAACAUUAACAUAUCCAUCUAAAAAAUUAUGCCAAUGUGUGAAUGAUGCAAAAAAAUAUUAUGAAGCCACACUUUCUAAUAGGAUACACAAGUUAAAUAUUGGGCAAGAAUGCUGUUUGCAGUUGAACAUUAACUGUGAUUUUGCAUGGCUCCGUUGCCAAAAACAUUAUGUUGAAGUGACAGAAAAUUUAAUACGGAGCCUCAGCAGUCUUUUUAUAAGAAAGACUUGCAAAAUCAUAAAUGAUCAAUAUAAAGUAACUGAAAGUGAAUUAGCAGCUAAAAAAAAAUUAAUGCAACAGCAAAGAAUGGAAGCCAAUAAGUAGAGUCUGUUUGGUCGUCAAAAGAGAUUUUACCUAGAAAAUUUUCUAUCUACGGGUUGAAUUUCGGUACCUCGUUUCUUUGCCGUGCACGCUGCUAUAUUGGAAAUGUGGCGUCUUAAGACCAUUUCUUGUGUAUAUCUCUACUUCUACGUAUUUUACUGUGCUCACAUGUAUAAAUGAAAUAAAAAUUAAACUAGGGAAAGUUUAAGA